AUGUCGGUCAAGUUCGAGAAAGAGACGCUCAGGACCACAAAUGUCCCCGGCGCGACCGACGCAAAGCAUGACCUCGCCCACAGUGUCGGCGCGGCCUUGACGCGCGGCGGCGGUGCCCAGGGCUAUCUCGCUGCCUAUCUCCAACAGCUCCAAUCGAACCCUCUCCGCACGAAGAUGCUCACAUCCGGCUCCUUGGCUGCCUUUCAAGAAUUUCUCGCAUCAUGGAUCGCGCAUGACCGCAACAAGAACGGCGGCUACUUCACGUCGCGCGUGCCGAAGAUGGCGAUAUACGGUGCCUUUAUCAGCGCGCCGCUGGGCCACUUCUUGAUCAACAUCCUCCAGAAGCUGUUCCGCGGCCGAACAAGCUUGAAGGCCAAGAUCCUACAGAUCCUAGUCAGCAAUUUAGUAGUCUCCCCCAUCCAAAACAGCGUCUACCUGACGUCAAUGGCCAUCAUCGCCGGAGCCCGCACCUUCCACCAAGUCCGCGCCACUGUGAAGGCCGGUUUCAUGCCCGUCAUGAAAGUCAGCUGGAUCACCUCUCCAAUUGCGCUUGCAUUCGCCCAGAAGUUCCUGCCGGAACAGACCUGGGUACCAUUCUUCAACAUGGUGGCUUUCGUCAUCGGAACUUACAUCAACGCGCACACCAAGAAGAAGAGGCUGGCGGCUUUGAGGAAAAAGCAUUACGGUGAUGGUGGGAGCCGAAGUGGUGAAUUCGACCGCCGGCCUGGCUACUAA